CUGUCAUCUUUUAUGUUGUCGGACUCAUCACGAGCAACGCCCACUCCCUUCCCUCCCUGGCGUCCCCCGUUCCCACUUCCCCUUCUCCCCUGUUAUCUAACCUGCGCUGACAGGCUCCCAAGGGCUGCUCCACAGUCUAAGUGGAAGCUCAGCCCUCCCUGUACAUCCAGGCUGCGGCGUGGCGGGCAUGUAUCAGUCUGGGACGUGGGAGAAAUGCCAGAAGCCAAGGCUAUUGCCCUCUGCCCCACACCCAGCGGGUGAUAAAGUGGGGUCAAGGGCAUGGCCCCAAAGCAUCACUGGCAGCCUCUGGCAGACAGAAAAGGCAGCGCUGGAGGAGAAAACUCACCACUGGUUGGAUUGGGGAGCUGGUCCGACCGAUGAGGAGUAAACUGGAGGAAGAUACAGAGCUGGGAGCCACCCCACAGGGACUGGUGGCGGACAGGUGCCAGCUGCUCCCCCAGGUGAGCCCCUCCCCCUCCGCCCCCUGAGUUUCCAGACCCUAGAGGCACGCCAUCUGGCUCUCCAGUCCUCACCUCCGAAGGGAUGCAGAGGUGCAGUCUGGGGAGCAGACAGGUUUGAAGAGGGCAUGUGAACCGGUUUCCCAUCCUGGUCUGGGAGGUAUUUAUAGAGGGACCGGUGGCUUGGGACUAGAAGCCUCCUGGUGACUAAGGAGGGGGACAGUGCUGCUGGCCCCGCUGAGGGAAUUCCCUGUGGGGCUGCCCCGCAGGUUCUCGUCCCCACCCCUCCCCCGCACGGCUCUCACACCUGCUUCGACCCCAAGCAGAUCAGAUGUGGCAAUGGGGGGGUCAUGUGACGGCGAGAUGGCUAUAAAUAGCUGGGGGUGGGCAUGCUGCCCCAGACGCCUUGGGGACAGGCAGGAGGACCGGCCUAAGGAGCUGUACUGCGGGGAGGGCGGGGGCCAGCAGGCCGAGGCCUGGCCGGGGAGGGAGCAUGGAACCCUCUGAGUCCCAGCGGCGUGGGCGCGAGCAAAGCUGGUGGGGCAGUGCCCCCCAGUACCAGUACAUGCCCUUUGAACACUGCACCAGCUACGGACUGCCCUCUGAGAACGGGGGCCUUCAGCACAGGCUCCGGAGGGAUGCGGGACCCCGACCCAGUGCCCACCCCACACAGAUUUAUGGCCAUCACAAAGAGCAGUUCUCAGACAAGGAGCCAGAUGUGGGGAUGCCCGAGAAGAUGGGCUCCAGUUCUUCCGUGGACAGCAAGGAUGAGGACCGCUAUUCUAAAUGUCAAGGUUGCAUCCACCGAAUGGGACUUGUAGUGAGAAGAAAAUUAGGGGAAGACUGGAUCUUUUUGGUGCUUCUGGGGCUACUAAUGGCUCUGGUCAGCUGGUGCAUGGAUUAUGUCAGUGCCAAAAGCCUUCAGGCCUACAAGUGGACCUACUACCAGAUGCAGCCCAACCUGCCUCUGCAGUUCCUGGUCUGGGUCACCUUCCCCCUCGUCCUCAUCCUCUUCAGCGCCCUCUUCUGCCACCUCAUCUCUCCUCAGGCUGUCGGCUCUGGAAUCCCUGAAAUGAAGACCAUACUUCGCGGGGUUGUCCUGAAGGAAUACCUCACCCUCAAGGCCUUUGUGGCCAAGGUUGUGGCCCUGACUGCGGGGCUGGGCAGUGGCAUCCCCGUGGGGAAGGAGGGCCCUUUUGUCCACAUUGCCAGCAUCUGCGCUGCUGUCCUCAGCAAGUUCAUGUCGGUUUUCUGUGGGGUGUAUGAGCAGCCAUACUAUUACACUGACAUGCUGACGGUGGGCUGUGCCGUAGGAGUCGGCUGUUGUUUUGGGACACCACUUGGAGGAGUGCUGUUUAGCAUCGAGGUCACCUCUACCUACUUUGCCGUAAGGAACUACUGGCGAGGAUUCUUUGCGGCCACGUUCAGUGCCUUCGUUUUCCGAGUGCUAGCCGUGUGGAACAAGGAUGCUGUCACCAUCACGGCUCUCUUCAGAACCAACUUCCGAAUGGACUUCCCCUUUGACCUGCAGGAGCUCCCAGCCUUUGCAGCCAUCGGGAUUUGCUGUGGCUUCCUGGGAGCUGUGUUUGUCUACCUGCAUCGCCAGGUCAUGCUCGGUGUCCGAAAGCACAAGGGCCUCAGCCAGUUUCUGGCUAAGCACCGCCUGCUCUAUCCUGGAAUCGUGACCUUUGUCAUUGCCUCAUUCACCUUCCCACCGGGAAUAGGUCAAUUCAUGGCUGGAGAGUUGAUGCCUCGUGAAGCCAUCAGUACCCUGUUUGACAACCAUACGUGGGUAAAACACGUGGGGGACCCCGAGAGCCUGGGCCGGUCGGCUGUGUGGAUCCACCCCAACGUCAACGUGGUCGUCGUCAUCCUCCUCUUCUUUAUCAUGAAGUUCUGGAUGUCCAUCGUGGCCACCACUAUGCCCAUACCCUGCGGAGGCUUCAUGCCUGUGUUUGUGCUCGGAGCUGCGUUCGGAAGGCUGGUGGGAGAGAUCAUGGCCAUGCUCUUCCCAGACGGCAUUUUAUUUGAUGACAUCAUCUACAAGAUCCUACCUGGGGGCUAUGCAGUAAUUGGAGCAGCAGCGCUGACUGGUGCAGUGUCCCACACAGUCUCCACAGCCGUGAUUUGCUUCGAAUUAACGGGUCAGAUUGCCCACAUCCUACCCAUGAUGGUGGCUGUUAUCUUGGCCAACAUGGUGGCUCAGAGCCUGCAGCCCUCCCUUUAUGACAGCAUCAUCCAGGUCAAGAAGCUACCCUACUUGCCUGACCUUGGUUGGAACCAGCUCAGCAAAUUUACAAUCUUUGUCGAGGACAUCAUGGUACGUGAUGUGAAGUUUGUCUCAGCUUCUUGCACGUAUGGGGAGCUGCAAAACCUGCUCCAGACCACCACACUCAAGACUUUACCACUGGUUGAUUCGAAAGAUUCCAUGAUCCUGCUGGGCUCCGUGGAGCGGUCAGAACUGCAGUCCCUCUUGCAGCGCCACCUGUGCCCUGAGCGGAGGCUGCGGGCGGCCCAGGACAUGGCCAGGAAGUUGUCUGAGCUGCCCUUCGAUGGCAAGGCUGGGGUGGGGCGCCGUGGCGUCUGGCCGCAGGGGCGCCCUGAGUCCUUCGCCUUUGUGGAUGAGGACGAGGAUGAGGAUGUCUACGGGAAGCCCGAGCCCUCUCCUUUGACUCCUCCUCUUCCCUUUUCCACUGCUCCACUGCAUCCUGAAGAGCCCAAUGGGCCCCUGCCCAGCCCCAAGCUGCAGCCGGAAGCACCAGAGCCUGCAGGUCAAAGACCCUCUGUCUUUCGGACCCUGCUGCGCUGCUUGCUGGGCAGAGCUCGUCCCACAAAGAAAAAACCCACCCAGGAGCCAGUGGAUUUAGUGGAUAACAUGUCCCCUGAAGACAUUGAGGCCUGGGAGCGGGAGCAGCUGAGCCAACCUGUCUGUUUUGACUGCUGUUGUAUCGACCAGUCCCCCUUCCAGCUGGUGGAGCAGACGUCUCUGCACAAGACUCACACUCUGUUCUCGCUCUUGGGCCUCCACCUUGCUUAUGUGACCAGCAUGGGGAAGCUCAGGGGUGUGCUGGCCUUGGAGGAGCUCCAGAAGGCCAUCGAGGGGCACACAAAGUCCGGGGUGCAACUCCGCCCACCCCUUGCCAGCUUCCGGAGUACCACUUCGACUCGAAAGACUCCUGGGGGCCCGCUCCCUCCUGCAGAGGCUUGGACCAUGCCUGAUGAUGGAACUGGGGCCACUAGUGCAGGGGAUGCAGCUCCUGACUCCCCAGAGACCCCUGUGCCAUCCCCAUCCCCAGAGCCCCCUCUCUCCCGGGCUCCGGCCAAGGCAGAGAGCGAGCUGGAGGAGCUGGAGCUGGCGGAGAGUCCGGGGCCGGAGGAGGAGCUGGCUGACAUCUUGCAGGGCCCCAGUCUGCGUCUCACCGACGAGGAGGAUGAGGACGAACUGAUCCUUUGAUCGUCGCCUGGCCCUCCUCAUCGAUGGUCCAGAGACCCAGGCUAGAGGGUGGGCCUGUGGGGGAGAGGGUAUUUCCUAAAGUGGGAGAGAUCGCACCCCCCAACAGCCAGCCCCUCCCAGGAAUUAAGAAACGUGAGAGUGAUAACAUUGGAGCAGGAGCCAGAGUUUAGGCAGGGAGUAGCCUCGGUCAAUUAUUUGGGCCAUGUCCCUCCAUCCUCAGACAGGUGGUGGUUCUACGCGCUGUGAAGGGCCCUUGAUAUUCCAGGGGCUUCCUGAGUCUGCCUGUGCGUGGGUGGGGAGCACCUGCCUCUCUCUGGCUCCCCUAGUCAGCCCGCAGUCUCCCUGCAUUCUUGUCCCAGUGCCUUCCUGGCCUUGCGCAUCAGUCUCUCCAGAGGGUAGGUGAAGGGAGGCCCGGGAUGACAGGGGCCCCGCCAGGGCCAUGUUGGAGGAAGAGAUGGGACCACCUCCUGGCCUCAUGGACUGACGGCCCCAGGGUAUACUCACAAAGCGCCCACAGUCCCUUCUCUCGGGGCCCCCACCCCAUCCUCCACUCGCCCACAGCCACUCCCGAACACUGCCUCCCGACACCAUCCUGGCUCCCACUGCCUGUCCGCAGACAAGGCCAUUACUAGCAAGGCCAGAGGCCAGUCCCAUUUCCUUCUGCUUGGUCCUCCAGUCGAGCAGGGGAAGUUGGGUAAAGAGACCACUGGGGAGAAGAGCCUGGGAGUGGAGUGGGCACUUGCGGGCAGGCAGGCCUCCGGCUCCAGUGGAUUCACUUAACUCCUGGCAGAAGUUCCUCCAUCUCACAUCACCGCUUCCUUGCCCUCCAGUUUCCAGGUCGCUCCCUCUCCUACUGUAGUCUGUCCUGACCAAGGGUCAGCUCUUGACCUUGAGCUGUUCUAGCUGGGGCUUCUCCAGCCGGGAACCAGGACCCAGGGCAGCUGGGCCACUAGUUCACCCAGGUACACACAAGCCCUUCGUAGGGACUUUGUGUUCCCCCUCUGGGGUUCACUGCCAAGACGGGAGACCCAUUCAAUCUUCCCACACCGGGGAAGUCAGAUCCUUAUCCUUCCCAAGCCAGUGACAGGGAGUCUGCUAUUGCCCUGCCUUUCCUAGGAGCCUUUUCUGAGCAGCCAGGACCCCCUGCUCCCACACCCAAGGCUUUUGUCCCUCCCUCCCUCCCUCUGUGCCUGGUUUCGUUCUGCAGGGAUGCUUCCUUCCCAGGCAGCCUCGUCCUCCCCACCCUGUGCCCAGUCUCCGUCAUCCCCCCAAUAAGACACUCAUAGCCGCUGAAGGUGCCACCACAUUCUGUUUAGUGCCAUCAAACACAGCCCGGAGCCCUCUCCAGCAGUACCUCCCUUCUGCCUCCCCAGGCCAAGAGAGAGGCUGCAGCCUGGGGAGGGAGACUGGCAGUGGACCUCGGAGCCCGUGCCCAUGUGUAUAUAAUCUAUAGUAUUUAUAUAUGUUAUUUAUAUAUCAU